GGAGGUAUCUUAUAAUGAGGUUUUACAAAAAUCUAAAAUCAUUCUUAAUUUUACAGAACAUAAAUUUAAACGACCACUUAGAAAAGGCCAAGAAGGACAUUUUAAAAGCAAUCCCCGAUCCCGACUUCUCCGGCCCAGCAAUAAUCGAUUACGAAAAGUGGAGACCCGAAUGGUCCUUGAAUUGGGCAGCUCGACGGAUUUACCAAUUGGAAUCGACAAAAGACGUUCUUGAACGUUUCCCAGGAAUUAGCGAAAAAUCGGCGACAGAAAUAGGCCGAGAAUUGUUUAAUAAAAGAGCGAGGAAAUUUACUGUUGAAACGAUUAGAUUGGGAAGGAAAUUACGCCCAAAAGCUUUGUGGGGGUUUUAUGAUACGCCUUUGUGUAAUUAUGAUGCGGGUGAACGAUGGCCUGUUGGUUGUUUGGAAUUGUUUAGAAAACAUAAUGACAAAUUAUGGUGGUUGUAUGCAGAAGUUAGUGCCCUAUAUUCCUCAAUUUAUUUAUACCCCGGUGAUCGAAAACGGAAAAAAAUUCUGUGUGAAAGGCACAUGCAUGCAAAAGUAGCCGAGGCUGAAUGGACUUGGUCGUUACGUCGAAAGGAUCGCCCAGUUAUUUUAUUUACAAAAAUGGAAUUGGACCCUUAUUCUCCCUCCCAAAAUUUGUUUUAUUCAAAAGAAGAGCUUUUUUGUAGUUAUGAAUGGACAGCUCAAUUAGGUGUUGAUGGUCUUAUUAUUUGGUCAAGUUCUAAACAAAUUGGAGAAAGAUGCCAUUCAAUUUCUGUGUAUUUAAACAACGUUUUUGGACCGUUUGUACAAAAAUUGAUUGAGAAUACAAAAGAUUGUUCAACACGAAUUUGUCAUGGACGUGGCCGUUGUAUUUUACGCGACAGACGACGACACCAAAAACCUUGGCAUGGACACGACCAUUGGCCUCGAAAUAAAUUUACAUGUAUCUGUCCAAGAAAUGAAACUUAUUAUGGAGAAUAUUGUGAUUUACCUGGGCCUAGAGGAGAGAAUAAAGAGAAAGAUUUCCUAGGAAAAACAAUUGUUUCGUAA